ACAAUAACUGUGGUAUCAAAGAGAAAGUAAGAGUGGAGCGUGAAUGAGGGGCGCGCUGUUUCGAUCCACAAGACGCAAGAUUCAUAACUCUCUAAACAAGUGUGGUCUUAUCUUCACUAAAUAGUGUUCAAUUACCAUGAUUCGAUUAUCGAUACGAAUGUACCUGUGCUUAUGUCUAGUGAAAAUAGCGAUAUGGAAAGUUGAUGGAGAGAAAGGUUCUGACUUGGCUAGUUGUUCUUGCUACUCUUUUGUCGAUAAAACAACAUCAGCAAAUCCAAGUUCAAACUUAUGUAAAACUGAAGGUGGUUACUUAGUUUCUAUGGAAACAUUAGAAGAAUGGGAGUUUAUCAAGACACAGAUACAAAAUAGGACGACAGAAAAAGGUGGUUACGAUGAAUGGUGGAUUGGUCUUAAGAAGAGAGAUGGAAGAUGGGUAUGGCCGAGUAACCACUCCCUGACGUAUAAUAAAUGGCUUCGAGGAACACCAGUGGACGAUCGACAAAAGAAAUUUGCAGCAAUUGUAAAGGAAUUCAAUGGUACACAAGGAGGAUUCAACGAUACGAUAGACAUUGAUCCUAAAGGAAGGAUAUGUGAACAUCACAAAACAAAUUGCAGCGGUAAGAAUAAACUUCGUUGGUGUAGCUCACGUACAUCUACACUACACCCAGUCUCCGAGACACAGAAUACCACAAAAGAGUUGAAUGAAUCAGACAUCGUCUUACCUCGACACCCAUCUGAAUGCGCAGUAAUAAAGAAGUCAGACACACCCGUCAUCAUUCCCAUCAUGGUGGCCUUGGCUGGUCUAGCUGUCAUAGUUGCCAUCAAUAUCAUCAUCGUCAAAUGGAGGAGGAACACAGUACAAGAGUCAAGCAAGAAGAGAGAGCACUCUGCAAGCCAUUCUGAACCAAUACACAUGGAUCCCGCUGAUGGAACUACGAUUAACAUGAACCUUGCUGGGUCAGGAAUCGAAGAUGAAGACACGUUGCAACCAAGGGAAGAUCGUACUGAUAACUCAACGACGAAUCCAGAUGAUGGAAAACAUGAUAUUAUCGACAUCGACGUGAGCUGUGGCAACACAGGUAAACCACAACAACCUUAUUAUGUGAAUGUACAAGAAAGUACGCAACAAAACACCUUGCAGGAUACUGAAACUAAUGACCAUUAUGCAUCGGUGAGUGAUAUAAUUGAGGCAGACGGACAGAAAGAUUCCUUUGUGGAAGUAAGAACCUAUUCAAUAGUGCGUAAUGAUGAUGCCGAACAGACAGACGAUUUGAACACUGCCAACUAUGCAACGGUGAGUGACACUCUUGGUAAGGACAGACAGACAGUUACUUUGGUGACAACAGAGUCUGGGUACGCGUCUGUUGAUGUGUCCAACAAGAACCAGCACGAAACAACAGCCAACGCACCGCUCACUGACGAAUCCGUACAGUACGGGGUCAACACAGACGAUGGUUAUUCUCCUGCUGAGGUAAUAUACGAUAAUUGUCAAGACGUUCUACCGGUCCAAGAACGACAAGCCAACUCGCAACACACUCCGGCUAACAGCGUACCUAAUCCUGGGGUAAACGUAGAGUACGCAGCUGUUAACAAGAGUAUGAAAAAGAGAAACAGGAGUGUUAAUGAAACUGCAAACUCCAAAGAGCCUAAAGAAGCUAGCUAUGCUGACAGCGUUCCUAAUGCCGGGCUAAACGUAGAGUACGCAGCUGUUAACAAGAGUAUGAAAAAGAGAAACAGAAGUGUUAAUGAAACUGCAAACUCCAAAGAGCCUAAAGAAGCUAGCUAUGCUGACAGCGUUCCUACUGCCGGGGCAAAUGUAGAGUACGCAGCUGCUAACAAGAGUAUGAAAAAGAGAAACAGGAGUGUUAAAGAAACUACACAGCAAAGUAAGCCUACAGAAGUCAUCUGUCCUUCUGUUGAUGUGCAAUACUGCCAAGAAGGUCCUCUAGUGCAAGAACAAAGAGGAUCUUGCAGGAAGAAAGAUAAAGAGCAAACCACUCUUGCUGAGGUCGUUUCUACUGCUGGAACACAAGUAGAGUAUACAGCAGUCGACAAAAGUAAGAAAAGGAAUAGGAGUGCUAAGAAUGCUGCAAAUCCCAUCAAUCCUGUAGAAGCAAGUUAUGCAUCUGCUGCUGUCAAAUACUGUCAAGAUGGUGAUCCAGUACCAGCACAGAGAAGAUCACGCAGAAAGAAAGAUAACGAGCAACACACUCAGAAUGACAGUGUGUCUAAUGCGGCGGUGAAAGUAGAUUGCGCAGUAGUGGACAAGACUAAGAAGAAAAAUAGAAGUGUUAAAGAAACUGCACAGCCCAGCGAGAAUACAGAAGCCAGCUAUGCUUGCGUCGAUGUUAUUUACGAUAACUUCUGAGUGUUCUGCCAGUUUCUGAUCAGUUAAAAAGGGUACGGUGCCGUGUGGUAAGAAGGACCAUAGCAAAAUACCGCACGCUUCUUCAUCAGUGUUGCGACUUUGCGGCUAAUCCUACUAAUGUAGAGAUUGAAAAGAAAAAGAAGAACAAGUGGUCAUACAUGAAAAACAAAAGAAAAAAUAUAUGUUAAUUGUAUGCAUUUCAUAAAAGAAAAUUUGUCGAAUGAUACUAAAAAAUGUCACAGAAAAUGGAGGAAAUUGAUCACGUGACCUGUUUUUAGAGAAAUCGGAUAAAUUUUGAUUUCUAAAUUUUGUAAAUACCUAAAACUCUUAUUCUUAUAUCGUUUUGAUAACUGACUACCAGUGAUAUAACCUUCGUAACUUUGCAAAGACAAUUGGAUAUAUAAUUGCUCCUCAGGUUGUUGAGAAAGACGUUGGGGGUGGGGGUAAGCAGAGGUUUAAGAAUUAGGCUACUGAAAAACAUGCUUGAACAAAAUUAGCUACAGUAUUGGGAAUAUUGAUUUAGUCUUUAGCAUGCUAGGGUAUUUCCCUCAGACAUCUGGAUUGGCUGUGCUUUGUUACUGAGAAAAGGAUUUUGUUCAGACGCGAUUUCAAGUGACCUCAGGCGGAAACCACGUURCUGUCAAUCUCUACUGGUUACAGACGUCGAGAGAAAUUCUUUCUUGGAAAGGUGUAUCACUAUAAAUAGCUCAAUGUGUAUGUACAUAUUUGAUCACGUUAGGUGACAAUAUCAGGAAGAGGAGAGCAGUAGUGGGGAACAGGAAUAGACAGGUUCCCAGAAUGUAAACAUCUUUGUAACCAUCUUUUCUAGGUCUUGUCUUUUUUUAAAUGUGGGUAAAAUAAAUCUUUGAUGACAAGAA